CCGCUUUCCUUGUUUAUUCAAUUUACCUCUCCGCCAUUUUUAAUUCCACCAGGUUUAAUGGCGGCCUCUCCUCAUCACCACCAGGUUUCGUUCACUUGCACUUCGCUGAACUUCUCAGCUUCCUCGUAGAAUUGAGGUUUAUAUACAGUAGGAAUCCGUUAUUUGGAAGUGGUAGGUCUGAGUAUUCAUGGAGGACGCUCGUAUUGAAGCCCCGAAGUUAGUGGAAUCAAAAUUAAUGUUCCCGCCUCACCGUCGAUCACAUCUAAAGAGCGACACUUAUCGGACUCUGGUCCGAAUCUUUUCGCCCUUCUGCGGCAGCGACGAUGUCUCUUUGGCAACGGAAUUUGAUCCACAACAACUGAGACAUGCUUAUACCAGCCACUUAAAGCAAUCAACUAUAGAAUCAUCAGGCCAGCUGGUCGAUGAAGAUUUUGUAAGACCAGAAAUUGGAGAUUCAGCUAUGGAAAAGGUGACAGUGGUUGAAGAUGGCAUGGGGAUGGAUAGUCUUGUAGAUGGAUGUUUUCAUGAAUCUGAAGUGAAGAUGAAUGUAAUAAAAGAUAUGUCAAUAGUGGAAAGAAACAACAAUGGGAGUGCUGAAAGGGAACUUCAGGGGGCUAGUUCUCAAGAGAACCAUUGUGUUCACGAGGAAAGUCAUAGAGACAAGUUAGAGGCAGCAAAUAUGGUGGAAGGAAAUAAGGUGCUUAUUGAUGACAACAGUAGUAAUAAGACGAGGUCUUCGGAUCAGACCAAUUGUGGAAAUGAUCAAAUAUCACCUAAAAAGUUCACGGAAGAAAUUGUUGAACAUCAACAAGUCAUGGCUGAACAAGAUGCUGUGAACAGAGUCCAGAAUCUUUCUAUGACAAUAUUCUCGUCAGAAGGCGACAACAUUGGGGAGGCUUCUAAACAUAAGGACAAUCAAGAAAACAUACUUCCGAUUGUAGAUAAGGCCAUGUACCAAUUGACUGAAACACAACCAAAAGAAUCAAAACCUGAGGGCAUAGUUUGCGAGCCUUAUUUAGAGAUGGAGAAAUCUCAUGUUUCUAGUUUUGAGGUCAUGGAGGUGGAAGAUGGUGAACAAUGUAGUGAAAAGGUUUGUGGGGUAGAUCUCUCAUGUUUGGAUGAAGAGAUGCCUUUCUGGGCUAAUGAAUUGAGUAAGAAUAGUGAAGAUUGGGCUGUUUCAAUGGAGGUUGACACCUCCGAAGUAGGGCACAAAAUAGUGUCUGAAGAUAUACAGAUGGAGAAAUGUUUGAUUGAAAAUGAAGACAUUGAGGAGGGUGAAAUUUGUGGUGACUCGACACAUGAAAUUUCAGAAGAUCCAGCUGUAUUAGAUGAGAAGCAUUCCUCGAUUCAAGCUAAUGGAGAAGCAAAGAAGCCGGAUUCCUUAUUCUCCGACAUAGUCGAGAAUGCAACUCAUGAGAAUAAAGAAGAAUCCAAACAAAAGAAGAGUAACUUGGAUGCUUGUAAACAUGGUAGUAUGGAUUCUGUAAAAAUGGUGACAACUAUAAUAGAAUAUCAAAAUGAUUUUAUGUUAGAGGAAGCAGGAUAUACAGUAAAGGAUAGUAGACCCAAUAGGGAUGCAGAUUCUUUUACUGCACGCAUUAGUAAUCAAGUCCCUCAUGGCCAAGUUCCAAGUGAAUGUGCCACUGGACGGAAAGAAAUUGCAUCGACGGAAAAGGAAACUGGAGCUUGCAAUAAGAAAAAACGUGGUUCAUGUACAGAAGGGAGAAAAGAAAGGAAAAAGAUUCAGAAAAGAAAGAAGCGGGCAGAGAAGAACAGAAAACUUGGUGUCAAAAGGUUGAAGCUACUUCCAGUAACAGUGCCUAAACCUGUGGUAUACUGUCGUCAUUAUAUCAAGGGGAGGUGUCAUGAGGGUGACAAGUGUAAAUUUUCUCAUGAUACAACUCCUGCGACAAAAUCCGUACCAUGUAGUUAUUUCGCACGUCAUUCGUGUAUGAAAGGCGAUGACUGUCCAUUUGAUCAUCAGCUGUUCAAGUAUCCUUGUAGCAAUUUUGUUUCAAAAGGUUCAUGCCCUAGAGGUGAUACUUGUAUGUUUUCACACAAGAUUUUGCCACAAGAACAGUCUAAUAUGCAAAAUUUGAAAACCCAAUCGAAACCACCAGUAAUACCGGAUAGUUUUGACUCCCAAAGGAAAUCAAAUAUCAGUGGUGGCACCAAGCAAAAGCCUGUUACUGUUACUGGACCCAGCUACGCUGGAGCUUCUUGCAAUAGAACUCCACAGGGAGAAUCUUUGCUGAAAAAAACAACAGGAUCACUGCCUACUGGAAUCAGUUUUCUCUCUUUUGGGAAGUCCCCUGACCAUUCUUCGCAGGUGAAGAACGAUGAUGUGGAACGUAGGAAUUCGUUAACCCAAAGUGGGUUGUGUUCGGUUGAAAAUUCUAGCGAAAUCUCGAGGAACAUUCAGCCACAAAGAGCACCAGAGGGGAUAAGUAUUCUGUCGUUUGGUAGAACUUCACUCAAGUCUAACAGUGAGAACUUAGCUACACCUUCGAGCUACAAUGCUGCCACUAUUACAUCCGGUAAUCAGACUCCAUCUUCUUCGAAAACUGGUCACGAUCCCAGUGAACUGGCGAAGAAAGUACAAACGACAACGUCCAAACCGACGAACUUCUUUUCUCCGAUGAAGGAAAGCAUGUAUGUUAAGCCUGAAGGCUUAAGUACAAUAUUCUCGAGGCUUCCAGGUACUUCGAUGACAACAGGUCAAUAUUCUGAUAGCUCAGCUUCUAGUAUGAAUAAAGGAACUCCAAACUCCGCUCAGAAGGCUCUACUGUCAACAUUGGCAUUUGCUGCAAAAUAUGAGUCGAUGAAUAAAGGAAAAUCAAGCGCUUCUGCUGGAAGUAACGAUGGUAACAAGGAAGAUAGGAAUGAGAAGAUUAGUGGAAGUCUGAAGAAUGAUCAAGCCAAAGCUUCAAAACUUUUGGAUUUCUUAUUAGGCGUUGGAUCUAAAUCUAAUCUGAAAUGAGAGUGGUUGUAGAUUGCUGCUACUAACCCAGCUGAGCACUUGGAAAAUGGGAUCAAUCAGCUAAAUCAGGGAUUAAAGAGAAUCCAUUCUGUCGCCUUGCUUUCUUUCUCGGUGUCGCCUUCAUGGUUACGAAAUCUGAUUAAUACCGAAUCGGGUAUGAACAUGCUGGGACUGAGGAAGACAUAAUGCUGCUGAUCAGAAGCUUGCAUUGUGUUAUCCCAUCACAAGCCUAUGUUCAAUGAGGAGCUGAAAGCGUCAUGAUAAGGAAGGAAUUGUGAUCCAAUUGAAGGACGAUUCUUGAUUCUUGAAUCCAGCCUAAAGAACUUGGUUAGGAGGACAGGAGACGGCCAUCUCAAGGCACAGCACGACCUACGGGCGAAACCGGCUAUUUGAACCUAUACCAAAGGUUUAGAAGACUUCUACAAUGGACGCUUUUGGAAGUUUCAAGAAGGAAUAAGUUGAUUAGUCCAAAACGGCCGGCCGGUGAGCUGUUCUUCUGUACUCUUAAAUUCAUUUAAGAAAAUUAAUUUUAUCUAUUUGUUUGGGAAUAUAUAUAUAUAUAUAUGACAUUAAUUUUAGGAAUAAGAUAUAUAUAUAUAUAUAUUCCCUCUCGUCACCAUGAUGACUGCUGGGGGGUUUGUUUUGGGAUGCACAUAGGAAAUGAUUACAGCGGUCGAAGAAGAAAUGAAGACUGAUAAAUUAAAUAAUUUUUUAAUUUUUUAAU